UCUUGACUUUUAAGUGCUGUGAAUGAAUCCAAAUUUUAAAAAGUGGGAGGCCAAACAAAACACCCCUGCAGGCCAGGUUUGGCCUUGGCCUGCCAGUUUGCCAGGCAUUCUGCCCACCAGCCAUCCUCCCUCUGAGCAAACAAUUGAGGGUCGGCUCUCUCUGACACUGGAAAUACAGCAGUGAGCAAGCCAGACCGCUGACUUUCUUGCCCGGUGGGGGCUCUCCUACUGUGCUUCCCAGACUGCGGCGUGUAGGAAUCACCUGGGCAGCUGCGUUGGAAGUCAGAUUCUGACUCGGGAGGUCUGCGCUAAGGCCUGAAAUUCUGCCUUUCCAACAAGCUCCCAGGUGGCGGCGAUGCUGGCCGCCUGAACCGUCCUCGGAGCGCCGUUGGCCUGCAGUCCAGGGCGGCUCAGGAGCAGCUGUUAUUUGAAGGAGGGGAGUGGGCGCUUGCAAUGAGGGUGCGCUUGCUUAGCAAGCAGCCUGCUUUUACUUAGAUUUUAGUUUAUUGGGGUGACUUGGAAGAGAGAGCAGAUGACAUCAGAGGCGGGUGCUAAGGCUCUCCUAACCUAUCUCUUGGCGCUGCCGGGUCUCUCUUCUCAGAGUUUACAUUCUAGAAAGUGGGGUGGGGGUGGAGGGAGGGGUUGGGAAAAGCUUCCUGGAGGAGGUGCCUGUGAACUGGAGGAGCUUCCCCGGCCGCGAGAAAGGGAGAAACCCUGAACUCGCGCUCUCCUGGGGCUGGGGCUGGCUUCCCCACGCCGCGGAUGGUUUCCCAGGCAUCCCACGUGACUGCUGUCCGCGAGUCCCUGUCAAUCAAGUGUUUUCCCCGCCUGGGAACGGGUUUAAAGGCGGCUGCGGUGCAGAGCGGUCCCAGAGUGCCGCGCGGCGGGCGGGUUUGGAUUUUAAAUCCCCGCGGCCAAUCAGGGGCGCGCAGGCUGCAGUAACGUUCCCGGCGCCGCGUUUGAAUUCGAGGAGGAGCGGAGCCGUGCCAAGCCUCUGCCCAGACCCUACUAGGUCCGCUGAGCAACUCCGGGAACAUGAGUGCGGCGGCAACUGCAGGGAAGCUGGCGCGGGCACCAGCCGACCCAGGGAAAGCCGGGGCACCUGGAGUUGCAGCUCCCGGGGCCCCGGCGGCUGCCCCGCCGGCGAAAGAGAUCCCGGAGGUCCUAGUGGACCCGCGCAGCCGCCGGCGCUAUCUGCGGGGCCGCUUUCUGGGGAAGGGCGGCUUUGCCAAGUGCUUCGAGAUCUCGGACGCAGACACUAAGGAAGUGUUCGCAGGCAAGAUUGUGCCAAAGUCGCUGCUGCUCAAGCCGCACCAGAAGGAGAAGAUGUCCAUGGAGAUAUCCAUUCACCGCAGCCUCGCCCACCAGCACGUCGUAGGCUUCCACGGCUUCUUCGAGGACAACGACUUCGUGUUCGUAGUGUUGGAGCUCUGCCGCCGGAGAUCUCUCCUGGAGCUGCACAAACGGAGGAAAGCACUCACCGAGCCCGAGGCCCGCUACUACCUGCGGCAGAUCGUCCUCGGCUGCCAGUACCUGCACCGAAACCGGGUUAUUCACCGGGACCUCAAGCUGGGCAACCUCUUCCUGAACGAGGAUCUGGAGGUGAAAAUAGGGGAUUUUGGACUGGCAACCAAAGUCGAAUAUGAUGGGGAGCGGAAGAAGACCCUGUGCGGGACUCCUAACUACAUAGCUCCUGAGGUGCUGAGCAAGAAAGGGCACAGCUUCGAGGUGGACGUGUGGUCCAUUGGGUGCAUCAUGUAUACCUUGUUAGUGGGCAAGCCGCCUUUUGAGACCUCUUGCCUAAAAGAGACCUACCUCCGGAUCAAGAAGAAUGAAUACAGCAUUCCCAAGCACAUCAACCCGGUGGCCGCCUCCCUCAUCCAGAAGAUGCUGCAGACAGAUCCCACUGCCCGCCCGACCAUUCACGAGCUGCUCAAUGACGAGUUUUUCACUUCUGGCUAUAUCCCUGCCCGUCUCCCCAUCACCUGCCUCACCAUUCCACCGAGGUUCUCAAUCGCUCCCAGCAGCCUGGACCCCAGCAACCGGAAGCCUCUCACAGUCCUCAAUAAAGGUGUAGAGAACCCCAUGCCCGAGCGGCCCCGGGAAAAAGAGGAACCAGUGGUCCGGGAGACCAGCGAGGCAGUCGACUGCCACCUUGGUGACAUGCUGCAGCAGCUGCACAGCGUCAAUGCCUCCAGGCCCUCCGAGCGGGGGCUGGUGAGGCAAGAGGAGGCUGAGGAUCCCGCCUGCAUCCCCAUCUUCUGGGUCAGCAAGUGGGUGGACUAUUCGGACAAGUACGGCCUCGGGUAUCAGCUGUGUGACAACAGCGUAGGGGUGCUCUUCAAUGACUCUACGCGCCUCAUCCUGUACAAUGAUGGCGACAGCCUGCAGUACAUAGAGCGUGAUGGCACCGAGUCCUACCUCACCGUGAGUUCCCAUCCCAACUCCUUGAUGAAGAAGAUCACUCUUCUUAAGUAUUUCCGAAACUACAUGAGUGAACACUUGUUGAAGGCGGGCGCCAAUAUCACGCCCCGGGAAGGUGACGAGCUAGCCCGGCUACCCUACCUGCGGACCUGGUUUCGCACCCGUAGCGCCAUCAUCCUGCACCUCAGUAAUGGCUGUGUGCAGAUCAACUUCUUCCAGGACCAUACCAAACUCAUCCUGUGCCCGCUGAUGGCAGCCGUGACCUACAUCGACGAGAAGCGGGACUUCCGCACGUACCGCCUGAGCCUCCUGGAGGAGUACGGCUGCUCCAAGGAGCUGGCCAGCCGGCUCCGCUACGCCCGCACCAUGGUGGACAAGCUGCUGAGCUCACGCUCGGCCACCAAUCGCCUCAAGGCCUCCUCGUAGGCCUCCCUCUCCUCCGGACUGGUGCCCUCCUCUCCCAACCAGCACCUUGGCCCAUACUGGUUAGCUCCCAUGGUGCUAGUUUUGUAAAGUGUCCCCCAGCCCUGGAGGCUGGGGAGAGAGCGCCGUCAUCUCUGUAGGUGGGGGUCACUACGUAAGUUAUUUUUGUACAUGUCUGGGUGUGGGUUCUACGGCCUCUUCCCCUCCCCUCUCAACCCCACCGUAUGAAUUGUACAGAAUAUUGCUAUUGAAUUCGGGACUGUCCUUCCUUGCCUUUAUACACAUUAAACACAUGUGAGUCUUC